AUGAAAUCUUCAGCAAUCAUAUCGAAGUUCUGCCAGCCGAGGGACGACCCUCUUAGAGUUAGCGGUCCCAAGCUCUCAAGAAGUUCCCUGAGCCCCGCUCGAAUACCACCCGUGGACAGCAUCGAUGCAACUGGCCUCAAUUCCGGCUCCGAGCUUUACUGGAAACGGUUUUCUCUGCAUGGUGCGGGGCCCGCGGAAGGACAGCCCUCGACAACUCUACCAGAGAAACCAGACGGAGGACUCAAACAGCUCAACUUUGUGUCGUCAUGUCACGCACGACUCGAAUGA